AUGAGAGAUCUAUCAAGAAAGCAAAAUCCGAAGCAGAAGGCCACACUCUCAAGUAACACAAUAGUGAACCCAAAAGGUAGUGGGAGUGGUCCGACUUCUCAUUGUAUGGAAAUCACAACUCGAAGUGGGAAACUACUUCAAGGAGAGAAUGAACAAGUGAUCAAAGUGGAAGAUUCUAAACAAGAAGUUGAGGCACAAGUUGAGGUGCCAAUUGUUGUUGAAGCUGAAAGAUUCCCAAAGGAGGUGAAAAUUCAAGAAGUGAACUGUAAAGAGGUUAUGGAAAAGCAAUUAUCGGUGAAUAUUUCAUUUAUGGAAGCAUUUCAAGAGAUGCCGGGUUUUACUAAGUAUUUGAAAGACUUGAUCACUAAAAAGAAAACCACCAGGAAUGAAGUGGUGAAUGUGACUCACCGGGUUCGUUCCAUUAUUGCAACAACCACCGUCCAAAAGAAAGAGGACCCGAGAACCUUCACCAUUCCAUACACCAUUGGGUUGUGUGACUUUGCACGAGCCCUUUGUGAUAAUGGGGCUAGCAUCAAAUUAAUGCCUCUUGCUAUUUACAAGCAAGCAGGAUUAGGUAUGCCUAGGCCUACAAUGGCCGACCAUUCAAUAAAAAGACCGGUGGAAAUUGUUGAUGAUGUUCUUGUGAAAGUGGAAAAGUUCCUUCUCCCUGCCGACUUUGUUAUCCUCGACUGUGUUGUUGAUAAAGAAAUCGCUAUCAUCUUAGGGAGACCAUUCCUUGCUACUGGAAGAGCACUCAUGGAUUCAGAACGAAAUGAGAUCAAGUUCCGAGUCAAUGAAGAAGAGGUUACUUUUCAAGCUAGUAAAGGCAUGAAAUUGCCACAUGCAUACGAAAGUAUAUUAGUCAUUGAGGUUGUUGAUGAGGUAGAGGAUGCAAUCGAGGAGAUGGAAGAGGAAUGCCUUGGUGAGGUAUUGGCGGCUAUUUUGGUAAACUUUGAUGGUGAAUAUAUGGAAGGAUACAUGGAAUCGUUAAUUCGAGUCGUCAAAUACGCCAAAGUGGAGGCAAAGAGGGAGACCCUAGAAGAACUCGAGGCCAGAGGUUUCGAGCUAUCUGUCGAUCUAGAGGAGGCUCGUACGGUGGAGGGAAGACUGACGCUCCUGAAUACCCCUGAUAAGGGUGAAGAUGAUAGUCGCAAGGAGUAG